AAAAAACCGAAAGCAAUGUUGACUACUUGCCUUAGCUAGCUCACUUUGGUAUGGGUAAUUUGUAAUUAACUGUCAAGCCACUCAGAGAACCAAACCUGUUAGGUGCACGGUUUAACGAGUAAUAUUGUCUCUGCAGACCCGAAAGCUAUCACGUAUGGUUGGAGUAUAAAUGUGAGAGCGGUAUUAGCUAGUUUACAUCAGUUUAAAGUGACUAGUUUUACUCCACGUGCAAGUAAUCGCGACAGCAACAUCAAAUAAAAAUGCACAGAAGGGGAGUCGGUGCGGGAGCCAUCGCCAAAAAGAAGCUUGCCGAGGCCAAAUACAGAGAGAGAGGCACAGUCCUAGCUGAGGACCAGAUUGCACAGAUGUCAAAACAGUUGGAAACAUUCAAGACUCAUCUUGAGGAGUUUGCCAGCAAGCACAAACAAGAGAUUCGAAAGAAUUCACAGUUCAGAGUGCAAUUCCAGGAAAUGUGUGCCACCAUAGGAGUUGACCCACUUGCAUCUGGGAAAGGAUUUUGGUCAGAGAUGCUUGGAGUCGGAGACUUUUAUUAUGAACUAGGAGUGCAGAUCAUUGAAGUCUGUCUCGCUUUAAAACACAGAAAUGGAGGUCUCAUUACGUUAGAUGAACUUCAUCAGCGUGUGCUGAAAGGAAGAGGGAAAUUUGCACAGGACGUGAGCCAAGACGAUUUGGUACGGGCCAUUAAGAAGCUGAAGGCUAUGGGCAAUGGAUUUGGAAUGAUUCCUGUUGGAGGAUCUUAUCUUGUCCAGUCAGUCCCGGCAGAACUGAACAUGGACCACACUGUUGUGCUGCAGCUGGCUGAGAAAAAAGGUUACGUCACUGUGAUGGAGAUUAAGGAUAGCCUGAAGUGGGAGCGUGAACGGGCCUGUCACGUGCUUGAUCAUCUGCUGAAGGAAGGUUUGGCCUGGUUAGACUCCCAGGCUGAUGGAGAGCCACAGUAUUGGCUGCCUGCUCUUUUCUCUGAACUCUCAUCCCGUGAUGUCACUCCUGAGGAGGCCAAUCAAAUGACGCCUUGAGGAGAAAAAGGAUGUUUUGACUGUGAGAGAAAAGGAGGGUGGGGGGGUGCGGCAGGUGACAUUUGUAAAUUUAAUUUUAGGUUCUAUGCAUUACCUUGUCCAUAUUUCUUCUGCUCUGGAAUGUUGAGUUUACAAAAUUGGAACUUGGCAAAAUAGGUAUCUUUAACUUUUUUUUUUUUUUGGCAUUA